AUGAACUGUUUUGAUCAGUUUUGCUCAUCAGUUUUGAAUGAUAGAGCUAGACCUCUGUUAUAUGACAACAAUGAUGACAACAAUGAUGAUAACAAUGAGGAUAACAAUGAUCAUAACAACGAGGAUAACAAUUGUGAUAACCAUGAUGAUAACAGUAAUGAUAACCAUGAUGAUAACAGUGAUGACAACAAUGAUGACAACAAUGAUAAUAACAACGAGGAUAACAAUGAUGAUAACAACGAGGAUAACAAUUAUGAUAACCAUGAUGAUAACAUAAAGGAAGUAGCUCGGAGUGUAGUGGAAGUAUCCCAUAUUGUAAGAGCAGCUAAAGUAACGGCUACUCUGGUAGCAGCUGGAGUAGCAGCUCAGAUUGCAGUGUAA